CCAACUUAAAACCCUAAUUUUCUCAAUCUCUUCUUCAACUCUUUUUUUCGCGAUGGCUUCAGAGGAUCAAUCGGCGGCGAGAUCUACCGGGAAGGUUAACUGGUUUAACGAUUCGAAAGGCUAUGGUUUCAUUACUCCUGACGACGAAAGCGAAGAGCUUUUCGUUCAUCAAUCCUCAAUUGUCUCCGAAGGUUACCGGAGUUUAGCUGAAGGCGAUUUGGUUGAGUUCGCUAUUACUCAGGGAAGCGACGGUAAGACUAAAGCCGUCGAGGUUACUGCUCUCGGUGGUGGUGCUCUUAAGAAGGAGAAUAACUCUCGUGGUAACGGUGCUAGGCGCGGCGGUGGAAGCGGUUGCUACAAUUGCGGUGAGUUAGGUCAUAUUGCAAAGGAAUGUGGUGGCGGUAGCGGAGGUGGUGAACGUGGAUCUAGAGAAGGUUGUUACAAUUGUGGUGAUGCUGGUCACUUCGCUAGGGAUUGUACUCAGAAAUCAAUUGGAAACGGAGACCAACGUGGAGCAGCCGGAGCUGGAAAAGAUGGUUGUUACAAUUGUGGUGACAUUGGUCACUUUGCUAGGGAUUGUGGUAAUCAGAAAGUGGCUGCCGGAAACGUCAGAAGCGGUGGUGGUGGUGACCGUGGAGGUAGUGGAUCUUGUUACACUUGUGGUGGAGUUGGUCACAUUGCAAGAGAGUGUGCGACUAAGAGACAGCCUUCUCGUGGUUGUUACCAGUGUGGUGGUUCUGGUCACUUGGCUCGUGAUUGUGAACAGAGAGGAAGCGGUGGAGGUGGUGGUGGUAAUAAGUGCUACAGUUGCGGUAAGGAAGGUCACUUUGCAAGGGAAUGCUCCGUAGCUUAAACGAUUUCCUAAUCAACAAAAAACGAGAAUGAAUUUGAAUCGAGUUA